AUGGCGGCCUCGGGCUUUUGGGGCUCUAUUCAACAGGGCAUAUACUCGAUGCUCGAGUAUGACACCCUCAAGACCGUGCACAUCCGCUCCAAGAAGGUGGGCCUGAUCUUCCGCCUGCUUCAAAUCACCAUCCUUGCCUACGUGGUUGGUUAUGGCAUCAUCUACCAGAAGGGGUACCAGGAGGUUGAUUCGGCCGUGAGCACCGUCCUCACCAAAGUCAAAGGCAUCGCCAUCACCUGCGACAACACCGACAUCAGCAGUAUGAACGACUGUGUGCCCGGCGAUUUACGCGUAUGGGACACGCCUGACUACAUCAAACCGGCUCAGGAGAACGACGCCUUCUUCGUUGUCAGCAACUCAAUUCAAACCAGCAAACAGACGCAGCGCGCCGAGGGCUGGGAUGAGGACCCCGCAGCACCCGUGACAGGCAGUGCCAGUGCAUUCAACUGCACGUCGGACGCCGACUGCCCCAGAUUUGCGACAUCACGUAAUGGCGCGCUGACAGGCGAGUGCAACACGACCACAGAGCGAUGCCGCAUCUAUGGCUGGGGCCCGGUGGAGAGCAAGGACGAAGACGACCGUGCAACUACUGAUGGCUUGUUUUAUGCCCGUCACAUGCCGGCAGUCAAAAACUUUACCGUUUACAUUAAAAACACGGUUUUCUUCCAGCGCUUUGGCGCCAAGUUUGGCAGCACGGAUGAGAGCGACAAGGUUGACGUCUACACAUGCACAUGGAGUCCAACGGGGCUCGAACGCCACUGCCCCAUCUUCAAGAUUGAUACCAUUCUCAACGAAGCCGGCAUCACCGACUUUGAGAAUCAAGCCAUGCGCAACGGCGCUCUGAUCACGAUCCAAGUCAAUUACGACUGUAACCUGGACAGCAGUGCCCACACAUGCAGUCCCACUUACAAGUUCACGCGUCUGGACACCAAGUCUGAUCUUUCAGCUGGGUACAAUUUUCGCUUUGCGAACUAUCAGAUCGACCCACCGGCGCGUGACCUUUACAAGGUUUACGGCUUGCGUUUUGUGUUCGUGGUGUCGGGCACGGCCGGUCGCUUUAGCAUGGUGCCGCUAUUGGUGGCACUUGGCUCUGGUCUUGGCCUAUUGGGUCUAGCUACGGUGAUUGCCGACCUUCUCGUGACAAAGUGCAUUCGUAAUGCCAACGUGUAUUAUGGCUUGAAGUACCAGGUCGUGGAUGAGGAGGAUAUUGAUCGUGCUGGUAUUGAUCACAUCCCGAUUGGCGAUCAGAAGCUGGAGCGCCAGCCUCUUUUGCCAUAAGCUGUGUGGCUGUGGUAAUUUGUGUCGCCACGCCUCGUGUAAAAAUGGCAGGAGACACCUUGGCGGGGGUUCAACCGUCCAUUGUCUCAAUCCUACUAGUUUAUCAAUUGACCUUUGUUUCGUCC